CUCCAUUCACGACGCCUUACGACUCUAACUGAAUCGCCUGAGCAUACAUUGCGACUCGGGAUACAAGACGAUAAGCACAUAUAUUCGUAACUCUCACAAUGUCGGCCCCGAGUGCGCGUCACUGGGAACAAAACAAGGAAGCAACAGUCUACGUUGGAAACCUCCAUGAGCGCGUCACACCCCGCAUCCUUCAUGAGCUGAUGCUCAACGCUGGCCGAGUACGGAACGUCAAUAUGCCCGUCGAUCGCGUCAACGGGCAACAUCAAGGAUUCGGCUUCGUAGAGUUCCACACAGAAUCGGAGGCAGAUUACGCGCCCAAGAUAAUGAACAACGUCGCUCUGUAUGGAAGCAGAAUCCGCGUGAACAAGGCAUCCGCAGACAAGCAGAAGAACGUAGAGAUUGGCGCGGAGUUGUUCAUCGGUAACCUUGAUCCUGGAGUGGACGAGAAGACACUGUACGACACGUUCGGCCGUUUUGGACCGCUAGUGAAUGCGCCAAAGGUUGCGCGCGACGACAUCACGAGCGCAUCCAAGGGCUAUGGUUUCAUCUCGUACGGCGACUUCGAAUCCUCUGACGCGGCUAUCGCCAGCAUGCACAACCAGUAUAUCAUGAGCAAGCAGAUUACGGUUCAGUAUGCGUACAAGAAGGAUGGAAAGGGUGAGCGACACGGAGACGAAGCCGAGCGUAUGCUGGCGAAACAGGCCAAGGCUCACGGAGUCGCCCCUGCAGUACAACCGCUGCCAGCACAUCUUUUCCAACUUCCUCCAGGUGCUGCACCAACUGGACCAGCCAUGGGCGUGGAUGGCCGAGGUGUACCUGGUGCACCAAGUGGACCCGGCGCAGGAUAUGGACCUCCUGGUGGACCUCCUGGUUAUGCUCCUAACGGACCUGGAGGCUAUGGUCGACCUCCUUCCGCAGCUCCUGUUGGUCAUCCAGGUCUUCCGCCACCCCCAUCUGGCUUGCCCGCUCGCCCACCAAGCGGCGCUCCAACCAAUUUCUUCCCUCCUCCACCCGGAUUCAACGGCCCACCCCCGGGCUUUGGCGGCCCACCACCUGGCUUUGGAGCACCUCCUGGCUACGCACAGGCACCGAGGUAGAUAGAAGAGGCGCGAACGGACAGAUUACAGCAACAUCACUUUUCGCUACAAAAGCGGGCGUCACACCCUGGGGUAUUUCACAAGUCGAUCUGACCGGCGCUGGGCAGUCAGGAAUCAAGGAUUGUCGCUGUGAUGACGACCUCCUUGGGAAGAGUGCCAAUCGGCUAGUAGAAACCAGUAGGGAAGGACAUCGUCAUGAUUGAAAAGCAUGGUAUUCACCAAAUUGCGGAUUGAAUACAGGAACAUGGAAAGUUGAUUCGAAGAGGCGCUGCUG